ACAAGUCUCAGACCAUAAUAUUAACGCAAAGUAAAGAUUAAUAAGCGAGGGGCAAGAGAAAUAUGCUUGGACAUUGGGCUCUUCUCCCGGCUGGAAUGUCCACCGACAACCACAUCUCAACGGGCACGGCACCUCCCUCUCGCGUGUCUUGUCUCUAGGCAUUGCCUGAUGGGCCUACUGAGACCCUUAGACUAUGUUCUUCAAUCAGAUUGAUCAUGUCUUGGCCUGACCGUCCACGCCCGUGGCUGUCGACUAGCUCUUCUUGCCUGUUCAAGCUCAUUGUAUUCGUGUUGCUCCAUUCCCUCGGCCCAUUUUGUGUAUCAACUCAUCCAAUUUCACAACAGAGACAUGUCGUAUGGGAGAGGACACAGUCAGACACAAGUCCUCGGCAUAAACCCAUUCAGACUGAUGCAGACUUGCCAGUCAGUACAUAUCCAAAAAUGGCACACCCGCAAAAGCGCGGCAAUUCAAGGUUUAAUUCCCGUAGUUGUAAAGAUCAAAAUGCCACAAGGUUCGUUCAACGCCCGUCGUUUGCCGCCUCAAUUAGCAAUAGUCACGAGGCCAAAGGUUUGGUGGGUUGGUGCUUUUCGAAAGAGGCACAAACCAGAUAUGGAUGCAAAUCCAGGCGGGGACAUGACCGAAGAUACAUAACUAAGAACAAUAACACAACGCCUGUGUUUUAGCAAUAUGUGAAAUUUGUUCUCGCCUCUCGCGUAAGGCCAGAGUGAAAUAUUUCGAUUGGCGUCCAAGUAAAAGGAUUUCCAGGUGAGGG